CUGUGAUAUUACAGAAUACUGAGAAUAGUGAUUAGUGAAUAGUAGUUACUGCACAGUUGUAGUACAGUACGCACUUACAUUGUUUUUUAAAUUUUGUUGAGCUGUUAAGGAUUGAAUAAUAAUUUACCAUAAUAUAUAAUGAAUAGUAAUAUUAACAGUACAUUGUUGUUUUCACUUUUCAUUCAAAUGCCAUCCAACUAAUCACUAAAUCGCCACUAUCCCCCUCUACUUCUGUUUCUCAUUCGUCGUUCGUUUUAGGCAACUUACAUGCGAAUGGCUCUCAGAGUCUCAGCCUCCUUAGACGCCAGAGGCGUCAGAGGUUACGUAACGCUGAUUAAUAUUCUUAAAUGAUUCCGUGAAAUUCGGUCGUUGCUGUUGCUGCAGCUGUCGUCAUCGUGAUCAUGGUAUCCGAUGACCAAUGUUGUGCUUGUCGACUAUAUCCCUUAGUUUACUUCCGUGGUGUAGUGUCUUACCAAAUUGUGUGCCCGCAAUAAGUGCCUAGAAGCUGGUGCCAUGUCGAGAGAACUUUUAAUUGUAUUUGUUUACGAUCCACGAUUCUGUACUUCCGAAGCUGAUGAUCCACAAAAUUCUAUUUUAUACUUUCAUCCCCCAUGGGUAAGCUCUUCACAGAAGCUUGCCUUAAGUGGUCAAUUAAUGGGAAUUGUCAAGUUUUCUUCUUCAGUUUUCUCAUCUCCUUCAGUAUUAGCAUUACGUUCGGGAAAGUUUGCUAUUCGGCAAUUUGGUUCUUUGACACUGUGUGUUGGAACAGAUCGAAAUAUUCCAGACAGUGUUUUGCAAAACCGAGCCAACACUUUAUACAAUAUUUUAGUUACAUUUCACUUUAAUAUAACUGAAAUCUCAGAUCAUAAAAUCCUCAGUGAACAAUUAAAUACAGUAAUUUCAUCAUAUCUUUCACUUCUACUAAUUUCUUCAAACAUGUUUAGUACCACGGCAGUAUUUAAAUUUCCCAAGAGUGGAGGAAAUAUUCUUCUGGAAGCAAUGCAAAUACUUGAAAGUAUGCAAGAAAAAAACAAGGUUUUAGGUGGAAUGUUAUUACAUCAAAAUAAAAUUGUUGUUACUCAAUUUGGAUUUGAACUAACCAAAUUAAUUCAACUGACAAAUCCUUUCUGUAAUAAGAUACCAGCUGAAAAUGUAAAAGGAAGCUUUCAUUUACCAUUAGGCACUCAACUCUUAUAUAUUUUUGUGGACAGAGAACAAGUAUUACAAAUAAGAAAAACAGCUACUUCAUUGAAACAAUCCGUGAAAAAAGCAUCAAAAUGGCGGCAAAAAAAUAAAAUGGCUGACAAGUCACAAGACUGUCCAAAAAAUGACAAAAACCCAGAAAAUAAAACAAUGUUUACGGUCGAAGAAGAAGAUACCCCAGAUAGUAACAGUGGAUCAAUCUGUAGUAUGCCAGAUAUUGUGAAGGAAUCUAUUAUCAAAGCAGAAAAAAGAUUAGACAAGUCUAAUACUGGAAAAUGUUCUUCUCUAGAAUCAUCUCUGAAUGAAAUGCCAAAUUUCUCAAAACUUGUUACUUUAAGAAAAGACACAACAAGGUAUCAGAGUCUUAGGCUAUUGCCUAAAACAAUAAAUUAUGACAAUUCUAAACAUAGUGAUAAAUAUAGAACAUUAUGUGACCCAUAUUUCCCAUUAUUGCGUGAUGACGACUAUGCUGUUUCAAAAGCACUUUAUGACAAACAACUAUCUCAACAUUAUACUGAUCUUGAUCUUAAAGUACAGACCGAAAAAGAACAAAUAUUAAAAUCAAAAAAACCAAUUCGGCCAACUUCCAUACCAUUAAAUUUACAAGCUCUUGAUAGAAAACCUGCGCUCAAAGAAGAUAUAAUGACACCUUUGAUGGCUAAACUUAGCAUGGCAGAAUCAUAUAAUUUUGCCACUCCCACAGAGAGCAUAUGUAGAACUCCUACAAGUUUUCAACCACAAACUAAUGCAGCCAGCCAUCAAAAAUUGUUGCUAUUUGUUGCUGGCUUUCAAAAUACUUCAAUAAUGGUGUUGUUAGAAAAAGAAGCAGAAACUGAUGCUGAUCUUAUUCAUCUAUUAUGGAAUUUAAGUUUCAACAAUCUUGGAGACUUAGAGCAUUCUAUAAACAACACAAUCACAAAUGUCCCGGAUGCAUAUAAUUUACAAGGUACAGAUGAAACUUAUGGCUACAUGGUUAUGGACACCACUAAUGCUGGUAUGAUUGACAAGCAUGGUAACUGGUUAAGUUCACAAACAACUUUAGCAACUUCUAUACAUGAUACUUUCCAAAAAAAACCUUCGGUUCUCGAUAUAAUCAUCAGGAAUGAUGAUAAUAUUGUUUAUGGAAACAAAUGUGGCAGCCGAGAAUUGUUUUAUCAACAAAGUGGCAAUAUUGUAAGCGGUCUACCAACACCAUCAGAUAUAAUGGGUGUUGUGUCUACAACUGCAAAACGAAGACUUCAAAGAGACCAUGGUAUUAUUAUUCUAUAGAAUAAACAUAAUUUUUAACAUAAUCCACCGAACUAUUUAUACAGUAUUAUAGUAAAAAAAUUAAACGUGUUUUUGGCGUGAGU